CCACACGCCCCCCGCUCUCCAGGCCGCGCCCUGUGGAGGGGCAGAGACUCGCGUGGGCGUGUCGUGUCCGGGCUUGGUGCGAACCCGGCUCCCUCGGUGCUGGAGGCUCUGCAGGGCCGGAGCCGGCGGCCCCUCUCCAGGGCACCCCGAGGGCGUGAGAUGAUGCCGUGGCGAGUACAGUGAUAACCAGCUGCACACACGCACUGGCCAGUGACGGCCGAGUCCUGUGGGAAGGGACCUGGGGGUCACAGUGGAUACAACUCCCCAUGGCCCAGGUGCAGCCAGUCCAGGGCCUGACCCCUGACAUGGUCACUCGCUGCGAGCUGGUGGCCGUCCGGGGAGUCCCACUGCCCAGCGACACAGCGGAGCUGUGGGGGCAGAUAUGGGGCUUCCAGGCCCGGCCUGACGAUCUCCUCAUCUGCACCUACCCCAAGGCAGGCACCACCUGGAUUCAGGAGAUCGUGGACAUGAUCCAGCAGGAUGGGGACCCCCAGAAGUGCUGCCGCGCCCCCAUUUACGAGCGCAUCCCCUUCCUGGAGCUCUGCCCGCCCCGCCCCCUCCCGCGUGGGUUUGAAGAGGCUGCGGCGAUGCCUUCCCCACGGACCCUGAAAACCCACCUGCCCCUGGAGCUAGUGCCUGCCUCCUUCUGGGAGCAGGACUGUAAGGUGAUCUAUGUGGCGCGAAACCCCAAGGACAACGCCGUCUCCUAUUUCCAUUUCCAGCGGAUGAACCAGAGUCUCCCAGCCCCGGGCCGCUGGGAUCAAUAUCUACAGACCUUUUUGGCUGGGGGGGUGCCUUGGGGCUCCUGGUUCGACCAUGUCCGCGCCUGGUGGGACGCGAGGGACAAACACCAAAUCCUCUACCUCUUCUACGAGGAUAUCAAGCAGGACCCGAGAGCUGAGAUCCAGAAGGUGGGUCGGUUCCUGGGCCGGGAGUUGCCGGAGCCAGUUCUGGAGACGAUCGUCGAGCACACGUCGUUCGAGAGCAUGAGGGAGAACCCCAUGGCCAAUUACAGCACGCUGCCUGCCUUCAUCCUGGACCAUGCGGUGUCCCCCUUCAUGCGCAAAGGCACGGUGGGCGACUGGACAACCCAGUUCACGGUGGCGCAGAGCGAGUGGUUUGAUGCCGAAUGGGCCCGGCGGAUGGAGGGGAGCGACCUGCGUUUCCGCACCCUGCUCUGAGGGGACAGCGGGGCCCCGACC